AUUUCGUCUUAAUUCUCGUGUGAACAAAUAUCUUACAAGUGACUCGCUGUCAGCUUACAAUGUCCUAUCGAGGAUUAAAUUUGAUUACCCGACAAGUGAUUUCACGCUUGACAUUUCGAUAUUCUGGUCUUUUUACUAGGAUUACUUACCCGAUUUCCGUUCAAGAUCGUGGAUUCUUCUUUGGAAAACGUCGUGUACCAAGAUGUGAUCUAAAAAACCAAUCGAUUAUUCAAGAAGAUGGAGGUAGAAAGGCUGCGUGGCUUGGAGACGGUCCUCUACAACACGGAUGGUUUGAAGGCGUUUUGACAACAUAUUCAGGGAUCCGUCGUGGACCAACUGUCGGUGGAAAAGAAAUGUUGGGGAAAAGAGUGAUGAAAGAUGGAAAAUUGGAAUGGGAAUGGAUUUCAUAUGAUCAAGCAUUCGAAACAUCUGAUCAUGCUUCACAAGCUAUCAGAAAGUUGGGAAUUGAAAUUGGGGAAGAAUCAAAAAUUGGUAUCUACUCGAAUAAUCGUCCAGAGUGGAUUCUCUCAGAAAUGGCAAUACAUAACUUCAGCAACGUUUCUGUUCCACUUUACGACACUAUUACUAACGAUGAUAUGCAUUAUAUUACUAACCUUUGCGAAAUUUCUUUGAUGUUCGUUGACGCCGAAAUAAAAACUAAACAACUCAUUCGCGAUAAGUCCUAUUUAUCAAGCUUGAAGUAUAUCGUUCAAUUUAACGAGUGCUCAGAUGACAUUAAAGAAAUGGCACGGGAAAAUGAUUUCCGUCUUUGGAGUUUCAAUGAGUUUGUAGAAAUGGGAAAGAAACAAAAGCAUCGUCCACAUGUUCCACCAACACCAGAAACAUUGGCAACAAUUUCAUUCACUUCUGGAACAACUGGACGUCCGAAAGGUGUUAUGCUGACUCAUUUGAAUAUGUGCUCCGCCACAAUGUCAUGUGAAGAGUUUGAAAAUGAAGCUGGAGUUCAAGAUGCUUAUCUGUCUUAUCUUCCUCUUGCUCAUAUCUACGAAAGACUCUGCCUACUCUCUAACUUCAUGAUUGGAUCGCGAAUCGGAUUUUCUCGUGGUGAUCCCAAGCUUCUAGUAGAUGACGUUCAGGCUCUGGCUCCUCGGUCAUUUGCUACUGUUCCACGUGUUAUUGAUAAAAUCCAUAAGGCAGUCAUGAAGCAAGUUCAGGAUAAACCACUCAAGAAAAUGAUUUUGAAUGCGGCAAUAGCCUAUAAACUAUACCAUUAUAAGAUGACAGGCAAAGCUACUCGUAAAACAUGGGUAGAUAAGUAUGUUUUGCAUAAAAUCCAGAUGCUUCUCGGUCCUAACAUCAGACAAUUGAUUCUUGGAGCUGCAAAAUCAGACGUUUCCGCAAUGAGGUUUGCUCGUGGGGCUUUUGGAGUUGAGGUUCUGGAAGGAUACGGACAAACUGAAACAUCUGGACCAACAACACUUCAAUUGGUUGGAGAUACACGUAUUGGAUGUGUUGGACCACCGAUGGCUUGUGCGAUGAUAAAAUUAAUUGAUGUUCCUGAACUUGGAUAUUCUGUUGAUAAAAAUGGUGGAGAAGUACUUGUGAAGGGUCAUAACGUCACUUCAGGAUAUUACAAGAAUCCAGAAGCAACUGCAUCAUCUUUCACUGAAGAUGGAUACAUGAAAACUGGAGAUAUUGGAAGAUUCACUGCUGAAGGAUCUCUUCAAAUUAUUGAUCGACGCAAAAACGUUUUCAAAAUGCCACAAGGAAAGUUUGUGGCUCCAGAUCUCACAGAAUCCCUCUACACUUCUUCGAGUUUUGUCCAACAGAUUUACGUUCAUGGCGAUAUGGAAAAACCGUGGCUUGUAGCAAUCGUUGUCCCAGAUCCAGAGUAUCUUGCUUCAUAUGCGCUAACCAAACACAACAUCAAUGGGAAAACCUAUGAACAAUUGUGCAACAUUCCGAUUCUCGCAGAUGAUGUGCUGCGACAAUUUGUAGAACUCACAGAAGAAGAUAAAAGGCCAAGAUAUGAAGGGGUGUACGGCGUUCACUUGACGCCAGUUGCUUUUUCGGCUGAAAAUGGGUUGACAACACCUACAUUGAAGAAUAAGAGAAAUGCUAUCGCACAGUUUUUCAAAGCGGAAAUUGAUGGAAUGUAUAAGAAGAUUGAGACUAGUGAACUUUCGAAUUUGGCAAAAUGAACAAUAAUGAAAUUUCUGGAGAACUUAAAAAAGGCUUCUCCCAACGAUCU